GAUUCCAUAGUGUGACAACAGCCGGAACUAGCCGGUGGUCUGGGGGUGCCCUGGAAGUGCCUGCAGCGCUAGCUGUGCCUUUGACCCCUGCUUCUCAGUGACUCAGGAUGGAGCCCAAGGCUGCUGCCCAGCUGGAAAGACGGCACGUGCACGAGGUCUACGAAAGCACAGCCGCCUACUUCAGUGACCUUCAAGGCAAAGCCUGGCCACGCGUCCGCCAGUUCCUCUUGGAGCAGAAACCUGGCAGCCUCGUUGCAGACAUAGGUUGUGGGACUGGGAAGUAUCUCCGAGUCAACAGCCAGGUGUACAAGCUGGGCUGUGACUAUUGUGGGCCACUGGUGGACAUCGCCCACAGCAGGGGAUGCGAGGUCCUGGUGUGUGACAACCUGCGCCUGCCCUUCCGAGACCGCAGCUUUGACGCCAUCAUCUCCAUAGGGGUCAUCCACCAUUUUUCAACAGCACAAAGGAGGACCCGAGCCAUCCAGGAAAUGGCACGGGUGCUGGCCCCCGGAGGACAAGUCAUGAUCUAUGUUUGGGCCAUGGAGAAGAACCACCGGCACUUUGACAAGCAGGAUGUGUUGAUUCCCUGGAACCCCGCCCUGUGUUCCCAGCUCCUGGCAGAACCAGCUCCCUCAGGACGGAAGCCUGUGUGUGGACAGCCCAGAGCCACCCCUGACAGGUCCCCCCACCGCCUGGCCUGCUCUGUCUGUGGCUACCCCAUGUACCUUGCGAAGAGACGGGAAUCCCAGUGGUCCCACAGUCUCGAUGGCUCUGGGACUCCUGGCUGCUGUAGGGAGCUGGCAGAGGUGAGGGAUGGGGACAGUGGUUUCUACAGCAUUUUAGGGAAGUCAUUCCGCUCCUGGUUUUUCUCCCGAUCUUUGGAUGAAUGCACUCUCAAGGAGCACGUGGAGGAGGCUGAGUACGUAGCAGAGGAAUGGGCCCCGUGUCACCCCGUGUCUGUCCAGCCUUCGAAGCUCCAUCAUUUAGACCUUGGUGAUCAGGAGCCAUUGUCAAAAGAACAAGAUGACGCCAUUGCCCCUGGGCUCAUACAAACCGCAGAGUGGCGAUUGGCCCCGGGGGUGCCGAGGCCCCUACCCAGAGUGCCCCACAAAGACACUCAGAACCAGCAGCAAGGGGGCUGCUUUCUCAGCCAAUCUACAAUGGAGCAUAGAUGCAGGUCAGCCUGCCCUGGGGGGACAGGAAAGCAGGCCACCAGCCAGCUCUGGAAAAGGAGCUCCCUCCCCCCUCCCUUCAUCAGCCUGGCAGCUGCCAUGUCCACUGGGGCAUCACAAGCAGAGGCACCGGACUCUGAAGCUUUCACCCGUUACUACCAUGUGUUUCGAGAAGGGGAACUCUCCUGCUUGGUGGAGCAGCACGUGCCAGAGCUUCGGGUCCUGAGUUCCAUCAAUGACCACGGCAAUUGGUGUGUUGUUGCUGAGAAGAAGCCAGCGAUGAUGGCCCGCUGA